CAGUUGUUGUUGUUGUUGAUUCUCGUUGCUGGGUUCUUGUCGCCAGGGCUACCGUGGCUAUGGCGCUUCGUCCUCACCAGGGCAACUGUUGCUACCCACCCGCUCCCUUCCCUCCCCCUUUGCUGUUGUGAUUGGCUGAGAGCUGCCAAAUUGUCUUAAAGUGACAGCGCCAGGAAAAUUUUACUACAAAGCCUUCCACGCCCAUUUGUGGAAAAUCCCAGAGACUUUGGAAAUGUCACUGGUCCAGUCUCUGUUCUUCAAUUCACCUUUUGGCAAAGAGCUAACAGGAUGAGUAAUUUCCUGAAGAAAAGGUCUCCCACUGUAUCUCCUGUUCAGAUCUGUUAUUCUCUCAGAGGAGGCCUACAUGCGCAGUGUGCAUCUCCUCCUUUUCAGGGGUUCAAACACCUUUAUAAAGCGCGCCUGGGUCAUCUAAAAAGUCAUUGCUUAUGCAAAGAGCGAGUUAAACCAAAUAUUCUCCUCCCACUUCUUGCCUCGCGACUAUGUGGAAAGCUGUGGUGCUGGCUGUGUGUCUGCUUGUGGCUGGCGUUCAGCCCAUGGAUGACCCAGCGUAUGGGGUGAAGCUCUGUGGCCGCGAGUUCAUCCGGGCGGUCAUCUUCACCUGCGGGGGUUCACGAUGGAGACGGUCACUCAGGAGUUUAGAUGCUUCAGAGGACCCCUUCACCUCCCCUCAGGAUGAACUCUCAGAGGGCUUGAAUCACAAUUUUGCGGUGGAGAGUCUCCUUCAGAGAAACACAGAUCCAAGCUCCGCAUCCAGAGACAACCAGGAGGGAGCAUUCAGCCGCUCCACCCGUUCAUUCAUCACCGAAGAGAUACUGGAGGCGCUUCGCAAAGCUGACCGCAAAGGCCGCGAUGUGGUGGUGGGUCUCUCCAACGCCUGCUGCAAGUGGGGCUGCAGCAAGAGCGAGAUCAGCUCCCUCUGCUGAGGGUCGAUAUAUGCAAUCUGAGCGCGCUGGCUGCCAGGCAUGUUGUACACCUUAAUAAACAAACAGAGACACACAUUUGCACACACACUCUUCUUUAUUCACUUUUUUGUGAAUUUUAUAUCCUGCGUGUGUCUGUUCAGUAAAGUCUGUUUAAUGUCUUUGAUUUUCAGUAUCAAGUAAAUGUUUAUGUGGCCAGUAUGAUAUAUAAAGAGACACGUUUGUUUUAUGACGUCUUUGCUUGUUUUCUUUUUACAUUACCAGUAACUUUCUCUGCUGCAACUGAUGAGA